AUGUCCCAAUCCGCCCUCCUCCUCGGCUCCGGCUUCGUCGCCACGCCCACGGUCGAGUUCCUCGCCAAGAUUGGCGUGCACGUCACCGUCGCCUGCCGCACCCUAGCCUCGGCCCAGGCCCUCGCCGGCGGCUUCCCCAACACCACUGCCGUCAGCCUCGACGUGAGCGACACCGCUGCUCUCGAGAACGCCGUUGCCCAGCACGACGCCAAGAAGCAUGUCGUCACCACCUCCUAUGUCUCUCCCGCCAUGGAGGAGCUCCAUGAGCAGGCCAAGGCUGCCGGCAUCACUGUCAUGAACGAGAUUGGCCUUGACCCUGGUAUCGACCACCUCUAUGCCGUCGACGUGAUUGACCGCGUCCACAAGGAGGGCGGCUCCAUCCUCUCCUUCAAGAGCUUCUGCGGUGGCCUGCCCGCCCCCGAGAGCUACAAGUUCAGCUGGAGCAGCCGCGGUGUCCUCCUCGCCCUGAAGAACAACGCCAGGUACUUCGAGGACGGCAACCUGGUCGACAUCAACGGUGUUGACCUCAUGGCCACCGCCAAGCCCUACCACACCGGUUUCCUCGGCUUCAACUUCGUCGCCUACGGAAACCGUGAUAGCACCGGCUACCGUGAGCGCUACAACAUCCCCGAGGCGCAGACCGUCGUCCGCGGCACCCUCCGCUACAACGGUUUCCCCCAGUUCAUCAAGGUCCUCGUCGACCUCGGUUUCCUCCGCGACGACGAGCAGCCCCACUUCAAGGAGCCUACUGCCUGGAAGGACGCCACCAAGCAGCUCAUUGGCGCCAGCUCCUCCAGCGAGGCCGACCUCUUGGCUGCCGUCGAGUCCAAGACCUCGUUCAAGGACGACUACGAGAGGAACUCGUUGAUCUCCGGUCUCAAGUGGCUCGGCAUCUUCUCGGAUGCCCAAAUCACCCCCAGGGGCAACGCCCUGGACACCCUCUGCGCUUCUCUCGAGCAGAAGAUGGCUUAUGAGGACGGCGAGCGUGACCUUGUCUUCCUCCAGCACCUUUUCGAGGUCCAGAACAAGGAUGGCAGCAAGAACACCAUCACUUCCACUCUCUGCGAAUACGGCGCUCCCAUCGGCUCCGGCGGCUACUCCGCCAUGGCCAAGCUGGUCGGCGUUCCCUGCGGUGUUGGCAAGUCAUCCCCCACCCCCACCCCGCAUCCUGCCCCUCCUCCCUUUUCCGUGAAGCAGGUCCUCAACGGCACCAUCUCCGAGAGGGUGUCCUCGCUCCCGUCUACGCGAGCCUCAUUAAGCCUUUGA